AUGAUCCAGCAAUUAUGUUUCCGGCGGCCGCUGUGGACGCUUCUGGCGGCCAUUUUCACUCUCAUAUUCUUCUUUACCCUGACCAGCAAGGCGCCGCUGAGCAGUUCAGGCCUUGGGCGGCUACGCCAGCACGGCGCAAUCGACAACAUCAAGAAUGCGACAUUGGGGUUUGAAAAAAUCUUUGUCGUGGGCCUCCCGGAGAGAACGGACCGCCGCGACGGCUUGACCUUUCAGGCGGACCUCAGCAACCUCCAGAUCGAAUUUAUCGACGGCGUCAAGGGCGAUCAAAUUGCUAAAAAGGCCGUUCCCGUGGACGAAGGUGGCCUCAAAAUCAAGCCGGCCGAGAUUGGCUGCUGGCGAGGGCACAUGAAUGCCAUUGUUGAGAUGAUUCGCCAGAACCUGACAUCUGUUCUGAUCCUUGAAGACGAUUCCGACUGGGACGUUCGAAUCCACGAACAGCUGCGUGAUUUUGCCUUGUCGACACGAGCUCUCACUCAGCCACUUGCUGGCUCUUCCCCAAACUCGCCGUCCUACGCCGACCCCACGUUCCUCGAUCCGUCCCAGCCCGACCCUCGCGAGAUCUCAUUUGAUAGCCUUCCAAAUACUGUUCUACCGCGCCAUUCGCCCUAUGGCGACGAUUGGGACCUUCUCUGGGUCGGCAAUUGCGGUCUGCACUUCCCUUUUCCGGCCUCUGAAACGAUUGCAAAAGGACGCGUCAUUCACCGCGAUGAUAAGACGGUGGCGCCCAAGGACAACCUCUGGUCCAUCAACAAGCCGUUUACGCUCAAGGAAGAUUACCCCGCGCACACGCGCGCCGUGUCGCAUGCCCAGGAAGGCGUUUGUACAUUGGGCUAUGCGCUGAGCCAUCGUGGGGCGAGGCGCAUCAUGCAGGAAGUCGCGCUGAAGCCUGUGACCGACGCCUACGACAUCCUACUUCGAUUCUUUUGCGAAGGCACGCAUGGCAGGAAAAAGGGAGUCUGCCUUGCGCCGCAGCCGCCCUACUUCCAUCACCACAGACCUGCUGGCCCAAUGGCUGCGAUGAGUGACAUUGGAGAUCAUGAGGGUGAAUUUAGAAAACAGCCCAUGACGGACAUGGUUCGUUGGAGCGUUCGAUUAAAUUCCGAUCUGAUCAUAGACGGCCGCACGGACUAUGUCGAACAGUACCCAGAUCAAUAA